AUGGUCGUCGCAUGCCCUUCGGACAACACCGAGGCGAUCGACCAGGAGAAGUUCUGGAACGGCGAAUGGGAUGCGCACAAAAUCGGCUGGAUCGUCUCCGGCGCCGCUGCUGCCGUGACAUGUUUGAUCUCUGCCUUCACCAUUUAUGGGCAUCUGCUGCAUUACAACAAGCCGCUCGAGCAGAGACAGAUCGUUCGCAUUUUGCUCUUUGCGCCCGUAUUCGCGGUGGUAUCGUUCUUCUCGUACCGAUUCUUCCGAGUGUACACGUACUAUGAGCUCGCAGAGGUCGUCUGGGAGGCGGUGGCAAUCGCUGCGUUCCUGAUGUUGCUCUUGCAGUACAUUGGCGAAAGCGUCGUCGCACAAGUCCAGGUCUUUGCCAAGAAGGACAAAAAGAAGCUGCCCAUGCCGCUCUGCUGCCUUCGGUAUCGCCCUUCCAAGGCCUAUUUCCUUUUCUUUCUCAAGUGGUCCGUCGUCCAGUACGUCAUCAUUCGGCCCGUGCUCUCCAUCACCGGUAUCGUCCUCGAGUACUAUCAUCUGCUCUGCAAUUCAUCCCUCUCUCCAAUGUACGGCCACGUUUACCUGCUCGCCAUCGACUUCGUCUCCAUCUCGAUUGCGCUGUACGCGCUCAUCGUUCUUUACGGUCUCGUGAACCAGGAACUCAGGGGCCGGAAACCACUAGCCAAGUUUGCGACUCUGAAGGUCGCUGUCUUCUUCACAUUCUAUCAAAGCUUUGUGUUUUCCCUCCUUGAGGACCAUGGUGUUAUCAAAGCAACCGAAUACUGGACCGCGACGAACGUCGCAAGCGGACUGAAUGCACUCUGCACCUCGCUCGAGAUGGUCAUCGUCGCAGGGUUGCAAGUCUGGGCCUUUCCAUGGACUGAGUACCGUGUCAAGAACAUUACUGAUGGCAGCGGAAGGAAACUGCACAAAAAGGGCCGGACCAAUGCGUUCAAAUCCCUGUUGCAUGCUCUCAAUUUCUCCGACUUCAUCAUUGAGCUAUGGCAUUCCCUCCGCUUUGUCUUCGAUCGUAUGCGAGGUAAAGAGUAUACGCGCCAGGAUGCG